AUGCCCUCCAAGAAACGCAGCCGGGGCAAGAGCUUUAGGAAGAAACCGAGCCAAUCUGAGGGGCAGGAACUUGGAGAGACCCUCUCAGGCUCAGCGGAACAGGAGCUUGUUUUCCAGAAGACAAACGAGUGCAAGAUUUCGGUUGCAAUGUCUGUGAAGAAUGAUAGCAGAGAACGACGCCAGAAAGAGACCCCCGACAUACAAAACCUCCUCUUCGAGGCGACGACGGCACACACGGCUGCCACAUCUUCCAACACCCAGACAUGCGCCAUUCUGGGAGCGCAGGCCGCCGAUCUCCAGGGCCGGGUUGCGAAGCUUGCUUCUCUCGAACUGCAGGUCGCUGAGAUGAGUCACAGACUGGGAAGACUUGAGUCUCUGUACCAACAAUCGGCAUUCAAUCCGCCGCCACCGCCCCCUUCCUAUGUCAUCCACUUCCCGGGUACGUAUCAGGCGGGCCAUUUCGAUGGAAUGACCCUGGAAAACACCUCAAACAUAAUGGAAGAAGGGAAAUACCGGGAUGCGGAGGAGGGGAAGGGAAAGCCUCCAUUCUGA